UGAGAGUCAGUGUGACUCAACUUGGAUGAGUGUACCAUCCCGGCUGGAUGUCUCGGCAAGUCUUGCCUGAUAAGCACAAGUUGAUAAUGUGGUCAGCAGUCUGCUUUACAACCUCUGCCACCUCAAACGUGUGCUAGAGCAUCCCACGAUCUCAGUUUCUCAAGAUCGUCGCAGCAUCCCUCGAAAGUGACAAUAACGCAACUUUUAAGUACAGCAUCUCAUUAUGGAUUACGGACGAUUCUUCUCUCAGGUGGCCCUCCGUCGCGAACCCAGCGCUGUGUCAACGUUAAGAGACAAAGCCGCUGACAAGAAGACACCCAUAAUUUGGCUGGGUGGAGGACUGCCAAACCCUUCCCUCUUUCCUAUCCAGGAUGCCACAGUCACCCUCAAAAACGGAGAGAAACUCAUUAUCGGCAAAGAACUCAUGGUCAAGGUUCUUCAGUACUCAUCCAGCAAAGGGUUCCCUCCGCUGGUGCAGCAGUUGCAGCAGCUGACUGAAGAUCUUCACCAGCCUCCGAGAAUGUGUGAGACAGGAGUUGUGGUGACGAUGGGCAGUAUCAAUGCCCUCUCCAUGGCUGGAAACAUGUUGCUCAACCCAGGAGACCCCAUCAUUGUUCAGGAACCACUCUUCAGUGGGAUAAUAAGUGCGUUGCUUCCAUAUGGCCCUAAGCUCAUACCCGCAGCUACUGAUGAUGAGGGCAUUGUGCCCUCUCUCCUGCGUGAAACCCUGGCUAGGUGUGGUGACUGUCCAGCCAAGGUGAUGUACGUGAACCCGACGGCGAACAACCCAACGGGAGUAAGUAUGAGCGAGGCCAGACUUCGUGAGAUCUACGACAUCGCCUGUGAGUACAACAUCAUCAUCCUCGAGGACGACCCUUACUACUUUAUAAACUUCGUAGAGGAUCUGCCGACAAGCUUCCUGAAGCUGGAUACUGAAGGCCGCGUCCUGCGCUUCGACUCUUUUUCCAAGACUGUGAGCGCCGGAAUACGGCUAGGAUACGUUACAGGUCCUCAACCUCUGAUUGAUAUUAUGACAUUGGAUAUUAUGUCCUCUGCUGGGUACGCCUCUACCCUCGCUCAGGUGGUAGUAAGUGAGUUGCUGAAUAAGUGGGGCCACCAGGAAUACCUGAAUCACGUGUACAGCUUACGUGAAGAGUACCGCAAAAAGCGUGAUGUUAUGCAGAAGGCUGCGGAAAAGCACCUCGCAGGUUAGUCAAUUCUCAAAAUGUAUUA